GUCAGGUUCUGCAGCAUUACAUAGUUUCUCAGCGUGUGUGAAAUUCCACUCUUAGUCUUUCUUUGCUUUCCUGUGUGUCAACACGGCUUCCAGCAGAAUCAGGUUCCAGCCAGUUCAAGAGCUGAUGGCUCAUCCAUUGGCGAAAUGGAGCACUGGUCUUUUUGACUGUUGUGAGGAUAUAAACUCUUGUUGCUACGGUUUCUGGUGCUGCUGCUGCUAUGCCUGCGACCUUUCAGACAAAUUUGGCGAAAACCACUGUCUCCCAGUAUGUGACAUAUGCAGCCCUGCCAUAUUGUGUUCAUCGUGUGGAAUACCUCUGUGUGUUCCUCCUGCAGGGUUAGCUCUGAGGGUCGCCAUUCGACACAGAUAUGGCCUUGAGGGUUCUCUCUGUAAGGACAUCGCCACUGCCUGCGUCUGCGUGUGGUGCAACUGGUGUCAGAUGGACCGCGAGUUAAAACAGCGUGCACAAAACAAAACGGUCGUGGUCAACAUGCAGCCCGCUCCAGUGAGGACGGCUCCUGCAGGUCCACCUCCCAGUGGACAGUAUACAGGGAUGAUACUCGCUUCAUACUGAUUAUUCAUCCAAAGAAGACAAUCAUUACUACUAUUACUACUAUUGUGUGUCACAUUUGAUUUAAGUUCUGAAAGCAAUAGUUUCCUGUAUUGUGUCCUGUAUGUGUUGAUUUAAAAAGACUUAAGAAGGUCAGUGUAUUCAUUUUUACGUGAAGUUGUUUCUAUUUGUGAGAAAUUGUCAAAAAACAAUUUCUAUGUGCUUUUUGAGUGUACAUAUAAUCACCUGGAUUUGUGAAUUGUUGUUUUCAUUAUCCCUGAAUGAGCACUAAAUUAAGAGCAAUGCGGUUUUUCUCCAACAGUCCAAAAACGUGCAACAUUUAAGCGAGUCCGAAAUGUGUCUGCAAAAAUGUAAAUGUUAAAAUGUGUGAUUAUUCAGUGCAGGUACUGAUGGAUUUUUGGUUUCUUUCUGGGUGUAUAAGCAGUUUGGCAACAGUUUAUGACAAUGCAUUUGUACAGUGGUUUUGGUAUAAUAUACAGUAUUUAACAUUAAUGUAUAUUUGCAAAAUAAACACAAACUAGGGGAGGGUGGUUGUAGUGUUUUGGAGCAACCACUUGGUGUCGCUAGAGUAUUGACUUCUCCUAUGUUUUUGUACAUUACCUCUGAGCUAAGUGCAGUAAAUGUGGCUACUGGCCUUGACUAGA